GGAAGUGGUCCAAAUUACGAGGUAUAUUGAAUGUGACAUGAAGAUAAACAGACGCACACCGUGCAGACGGUUGAGGCUAUCAACAAAACGAAUUACUUAGCUAACGUAACAUUUAUUUAAAGGAAAAGUUGCUCUAUAUGCUGUAUUUUUGUGUCUGUGAAAUUCAAAGGAUAUUCAGUCACUCACUUUGACAAACACACACUAUCAGGAUGGUGUCAUACAAGCGGCUAAACCCUGAAGAUAUUCAGUUUUCCAGCGCAGUUUUGUCAGAAGAGCCUCGUCCUGUCCAUGAAGAAGUUUCAGUGCCGGAGCCGGAGGAAGCCUCUUUGCUUCCACGGAGGCCGUCAUGCUCUGUCACCACAGGCCUCCUGGUGAUUGGCUGCCUGCUGCUGCUCCUUUGUGCAGGCUGGCUACUGGGCACCAUGUUCUGGCUGCACAGGCCGUCCAACCAAAAGCCACAUAGACCUCCGCCGCCGGAAGGAGUAAAAACAGUAGUAAACGACACUGCAGCUGCAUCACGCCGUGAGGCUUGCAGUUUAAUCCCUGAGGCGUGGAGGUUUGAUUGCUACCCUGAAAGAGGGGUGGUUGUGAACCGAGAGCUGUGUGAGGCAAGGAACUGUUGCUUUAUCCCUGCAUCCUUUUCCUCCUCCUCAGCCAACCGCCCAUCAGGGAGAAAUGGUAUCCCUUGGUGUUUCUAUCCUCCGGAUUUCCCUUCCUACUCGCUUGUGUCAAUAAACGACACAACCCUGGGACAGAAAGGUACUCUCGUAAGGGAGGUGAAGACCUACUACCCAGCAGACAUCCUCACUCUAGAAGUGGUGAUACAUCAUGAGACAGACACGCGGCUACAUGUCAGGAUUACCGACCCUUCUAAUGCACGGUUUGAGGUUCCGAUUUCUGUUCCCACUGCCACCAAGAAGGCAGAAAGUCCAGAAUACAUGGUAGAGCUUUCAAAGCAGCCAUUUGGUCUCAUUGUGAAGAGGAGGGCUACAGGAUCAGUGCUUCUGAACACCACAGUGGCUCCUCUCUUCUAUGCGGAUCAAUUUCUCCAGUUCUCCACCUCCCUGCAGAGUCAGUUCAUUUAUGGCCUGGGCGAGCACCGCUCCACCUUUCUGCAUGAUGUCCACUGGAACACACUUACCAUGUGGGCCAGAGAUGUGCCUCCUACGGAACAGACAAACCUAUAUGGAGCCCAUCCAUUUUACUUGGCAAUGGAGGACGGAGGGAAUGCACACGGCUUCUUCCUGCUGAACAGCAAUGCAAUGGAUGUGGUCCUCCAGCCCGCCCCAGCCCUCACCUGGCGUACUAUUGGUGGAAUCCUUGACUUUUACGUUUUCCUUGGUCCUGAUCCUGGUUCAGUGAUUGGACAGUAUGUGGAAGUCAUAGGCUACCCAGCGAUGCCCAUCUACUGGGCUUUAGGCUACCAUCUCUGUCGCUGGGGUUACAACUCUAGCAAUUCUACCUGGGAGGUUGUCAAGAGCAUGAGGAAUAAUAGGAUACCCCAGGAUGUCCAAUGGAAUGAUAUCGACUACAUGGACCAAUUUAUGGACUUCACUUUUGACUCAACAAAGUUCGCCACACUGCCUGAUCUGGUCAAGGACCUGCAUGCUCAUGGCCAGCGCUACGUCAUGAUCCUGGAUCCGGGUAUCAGCAGCACACAGCCUGAGGGCUCAUACUGGCCGUACGAUGAAGGACUGAGGAGAGACGUUUUUAUUAAAGACGCUGAAGGAAAAACACUUAUUGGGAAGGUGUGGCCUGGUCUGACAGCAUAUCCUGAUUUCUCUGAUGAUGUGACACAUGAAUGGUGGUACGACAACCUUCAGAGGUUCCAUGAGAAGGUGCCAUUUGAUGGAUUAUGGAUUGACAUGAAUGAGCCGUCAAAUUUCCUGGAUGGGUCUACCAAUGGCUGUCCAUCAAACAGUCUUGAAAAUCCUCCUUACACACCUGGCAUACUAGGAGGUUUGCUGAAAGCCAAAACUGUGUGUGCCACUGCACAGCAAAAGCAGUCCAUACACUAUAACAUGCACAGCCUCUAUGGACUUAUGGAAGCUAAGGCGUCUGCAAGCGCUCUGAAGCGGAUCGUGGUAAAGAGACCUUUUGUAAUCUCUCGCUCCACCUUCCCAAGUCAGGGGAUGUACUCUGGUCACUGGCUGGGAGACAACAGGAGCCAGUGGAAAGACCUGUACACUUCUAUUGCAGGUAUCUUGACCUUUAAUCUUCUGGGAAUCCCGUUGGUGGGAGCAGAUAUUUGUGGCUUCAGUGAGGAGCCGCAGGAGGAACUCUGUGUCCGAUGGACGCAGCUGGGAGCUUUCUAUCCCUUCACACGCAACCACAACGCCAUCGACAUGAAACCUCAAGACCCAACAGCUUUCAGCCCUCUGGCUCAGACAGCCAUGAAGCAGGCUCUGCUGCUGCGUUAUUCCCUCUUCCCUGUCCUCUACACUCUCUUCCAUCAUGCACAUGUACACGGACACACUGUUGCACGGCCGAUAAUGUUUGAGUUCCCAAAAGAUGUAAGAACCUAUGGGAUUGACAAACAGUUCCUGUGGGGGAAGAGUUUAUUGGUGACACCAGUAUUGGAUCCUGGAGUUGACUAUGUGGAUGGUUACUUCCCAGAGGGUCUGUGGUAUGACUACUACACGGGUGAUUCUUUGCACAGUAAGGGGGAAGAACUUCGACUCCAUGCACCUCUAGAUAAGAUCAACCUGCAUUUGCGUGAGGGCUCUGUUAUACCAACACAGGCGCCCAACCUGACCCUGUGGGUAAGCAGCGGUCAGCCUCUCCAUCUUGUCUCGGCUCUCUCUGACGAUGGUUCAGCCAGUGGAGAUCUGUUCUGGGAUGACGGAGAGAGCAUCGACACCUAUGAGAACAACCAGUACUUCUACAUCAUCUUCAAUGUCGCUCAGAACGUGAUGACAUCACAGGUUCUCCGUAGCAACGUGGAGGCGACGUAUAUCACCGUGGAGACGGCCUCCUUCUAUGGUGUGAAGCAGAAGCCAAGCAGAUUGCUGGUGAACUCCCAAGAUACAGCGUUCACCUACAGAGCCAACCAGGUGUUAACAGUUGCAGAUCUUGGUCUCAACCUCAGUCAGAACUUCACCAUCAGCUGGAUGUAGUGAAUCAGUUUUUAUUGUUGGUUUUGUUGGUUUUAUUUGCUGUUGGCUAUUUAAGUCACAAGCUGGCACACAGUGCCAGUAUUAUGACAGUGAUGUUUUUUUUUGUGUUUUGGCUCUGUACUCCAGAACAUUGGCGGUCAAAGGGAACAGUAACUGAGGUUAAAGUAUUUGUAUUGGGUGAACAGUGUAGAACAUAGAAAAGUACUGCAAUUCCAAAGCUGAGAGUCAGCACUUUAACCUUAUAGUUAAUAUUAUCUAAUGUGCUGGAGUACAGAGACACAACAAACUGUCCGUCUGUCAGGAAACAGGUAAACAGAUAAAAGCAUAGGUACUCUGGAGAGAGUGAGGUCAAGUUUGUGUUAAUCAUAUUUAUAGUAUAACGUUAAGAAAAUGGACAAAAGCAUUUCUGUGUACAGUACGCAAUCACUGACCUACAGUAGUCUGGACACUGCUUUUAUUAUCUGUGUGGAAAAAUGUAACGAUUGAUAACUUAUAGUUGAACUGUCACCUGAUUUUAACAAAAGUGUUGCUUGGCCUUGGUAGCUUUUUUAGUUUUAUCUUUAGUUAAGUUCAUAGAUCAAAUCUGCUUUUUUUUUUUUUUUAUUCUCAUCAGCAGAAAGAUUAUGUGCAAUAAGUGAAAGAGAGGAUGAUCUAGCUUCCUAAAAAUAUGACAAGAGUCUGAAUAUAUGUUCAUGAUGUAAAAUAUUGUAUGUGCUUGAAUGCUGUUUACAGCCUAUUUUUGCACUACUUAGUACUGCAGUAUUGUAAAGGUAGUACAGGUGCCUUAUGAUUCUUGUUUGUGUGUUUUUGAACAUCUCUGGGUUUGUUGAUCCUUUGUUCAGCUUUAUAUUGUAAGCCUGUUUUCAACGCUAAUGACCAUAGCACUGCUAUGCACGAGGGUUACUUUUAACUGCAUAACUACGGUAUACUAGACCAGCCAUAAGUGUUCUGCAAUCGUUUUACUGUGAAUUUUCUCAGCACUGGUUUCCGUCACCUCUGAUGGCAGAAUACAACUAAAACCUAAGACCAGAUACAUUUCUUGAACUCUUUGAGUGACGUUUUCAAGCUCAGCAAAGUUAAUUCUGCUGAAAUUUGACCUUUAUGCUGUGAAAAUCUGAUUUGAAUUCAUAGUCUUUCUCAAAGAACAUCAACCGAAGCAACUUUAGAAUACUAGAAUAUUUGUUCAAGAAAUCGUCAAUGCAUGUGUGCUGUAAAGCAACCACGCGAAACCCCAAAAUAUUUUUAAGCAUGUAAAGACAACCAUACAGAGUAUAUUUUACUGUCAUUUGUGUUAAGGUAACUGAAAUUGUGACUAAAUAUUUGCGGUAUUUUAUGAUGAAUUAUUGUGUUGCUCAAAUUUAAUUAUAUGAACAAUAUGAAAACUACUGGAGUUGUACUGGAUCUUUUUUCUGUUUCAUGAUAAACAUCUUUUGGGGCAGCAACAGGAAAUUUGGUCAUUCUCAAACUGAUGUCUUGACCCCACUGUAUUGUCACUUUAAAGAUUCAAGGCAAAGAAAAUUCAUGUUUUCUUGUUUUUUCAUUAAUAAAGUAUAAUUUUGACCCCU